CAGAAAUUGGCGGAGAAGCAGCGAUGAAGUGCCUUUAACGACGGGAGAAAUGGAAGCUGCAGAGAUUGAUGAUAUUUUAGAUGACUGGUUCAUUGAGUCUCUGAAAUCAUCUCCUGCGGAUCUUCAUGACUGACGUUCUUCAGCCAUCUAAAUCAGCUGUGUGGAACCAGGGGCACAUCCAAAACAGAUAUAAAGACCUUCAUGUGUAUCAGCUGGAACAUCCCACUCAGGUCCUCGAGUGGACGUCCAGAAAGACCGUGUGUGUUGCUGGCUACAGCUCAUCUAGAAAUGAAAUGUUGGAGCUCCGUUUGCCGCUGAAGCUUUUAGCCGAUGAAAACAAGGGUCUCUGUGCAGAGAGGGAUUUCAAAGUUGUCCAUGGUGGUUUCUCAGAAGGCCCAGUUCGCUGCCUCAGACACAUUCCAGGAACCAGGUGUGUGGUGACCAAUGACGGGCAGAGCUCCGACCUGCAGCUCUGGGACUUCGGAGGAGACGACUGUGAUGUGAUCAGGAGAACAGGAAGUAUCCAGGGAAGGAGUGUUUCACACACCGGCAGCAGGAUCGCAGCUCGACGCUCGACACCACCUCAGGUCCUUCAUGGAGCUCAAAGCAGCAACGUACAGCUGACCCAUCUGGGCACAGGGGAGACUCUCUAUAAACUCGAGGCUGACUCAGAAGAUCCUCUUAGUUGCUUAACGUUUGUUGGAGACACAGUGUUCCUCGCCAGCUGCUGUAACGGGAGCUUUUACAUCGCAGACACUCGGACAUCUGCUGCUCCUCAGGUUUCACCUGCACCUUCAGGUGAAUCGGUUCUCUGGUGGACAGACGCCUCUGCAGCUCCACAGCAGGCUUGCUGUAAGGUCGUCCGACUCUCCUCCUCGGGUCAGGCGCUUGUUUCGGACCUGAGGAAUCUAGGAGGAACUGUGUGUAAGGCUCAGCUAGGCAUCCAGACACCUCCCUGCAAACUGGAGGAUGUCACAGUGUUGUGGGCUCCAGCGCUUGACGGCUGCUUCUCAGUGUCGGGUUUCAGUGGACUUGUUCAGAUUUAUGACACCAGUGGAUGGGGGACGGAGCUGCAGGACACUGAGCCGCUGUUUCAGCACGGUGGUCAUGCGGUUUCCUCGCAGCACACCGAUGACUCCGUCCCCACCGCCAUCACCUCCCACAUCUGGCAUCCGGAGCGUCCGAGGACGCUGCUGUCUGCGGCUUCAGACGGAUCCAUCCACGUCUGGGACUGGGUGGAACCAGAAAGAAACUGAGAUUACUGGAAGAGGAAGACAAAGAUUUGGGAGAUGAACUGGUGCUCCACGACGAGGAGACUAUCUUACAAGCAUCACUUUACCUUCUAUGGUUUUAAUAAUUUAGAGACUGAAAAAGAAACAAGGCGCUGGACUAACAAGCAUCAUCUUUCACAUAAUAAAUGACAUUUAAGUACCAUCAGGAUUUGCUUGCAUGGCUCACAGGAGUUCAGACUUCUGAAACUAAAAAGAGCUUCAAUGCAACUACAGGCCUCUGUAUCAUAUAAUAUUUGAUCUUUAUUGUUCAGCAUUGAAACUGCAUGGAUCCAUUCAAAGACAAAAAACAACAGGUCUCUUUAUUAUUAUUAUUAUAUAAAUUAUAGCACAAAAAUGACCCUAAAGAAUUUACAAUGUACCCUUAAAGUUGUCAUAUUAAAUAACAUGCUUUAAUGUACUGGAAUAUUAUUAAAUCUACAAACGCAAAUUAGUACCUGAAAUUGAACCUGACUGAAAAUUCUCAGCCAUACGGGUCUUGGCUUAACUCGAAGGCAACCACACAGCAGCUCCUAACUCCAGGUUGCUCAACUGCGAGCCUCCAGAAAUGACAAAGACUCCUGGAUAGGAGUCAAAACGUUUUCAGAAGAACUGAACAAAAGUCCGCUCACCUUUGAGUUAGGCCUGUUGUUCCUGAAACUGAAGGAAAGUUCAAUAUGGCACAACUGCAAACCUACCAGACAUGGAGGUCCGCCUAAAUCACAGGUUCAAACUCAAGCCCAAGAGGGCUGGUGUCCUGCAACGUUUCGAUAUGUCUCUCUGUCAACACACCUGAAUACACAUAAUUAGGUCAUUAACAGUACUCUGAUGAACAUGAGUACAUAAGGUGGUAAUUCAGUCAUUUGAUUCAAGUGUGGUAGAUUUGGGAUAUCAAAAUGCUGCAGGAGACACCGACCCUCGGGGGGUUGAGUUUGACACCCUUGACCUAAACUGACAGGCUGGGCAAGAAGAGCAUUAAUCACAGAAGCAGCCAAGAGGCCAAUGUUAACUCUGGAGGAGUUGCAGAGAUUCACAGCUCAUGUUGGAAGAUUUCUCCAACUGAUGGUCAUGCACUCUACAAAUCUGACCCUUGUAGAAGACAGGAAAGAGAAAAGCCAGAGGAAGUCCCAUUUAAACUUGGCUACAAGUUAUGUAGAAGCAAACGUUUUACGCCGACAUGGAAAAUACUCUGAAGAAAAACUAACCUGCACAUUACCACCAUCGCCACAGUGACACCUGGUGGUGGCAAGAUCAUGCUCUGAGGAUGCUUUAACAUGCUUGUUCCAAUACUUAUUUGCAUGAUGACUGAAAGACCUUGGAUCACACAGUUAACUGCACCUGCUAAAGGAUAACAGGCUACAUGAUUGGUCAAACCAACUAAAGCCAACUGAACACAGCAAAUUCUUACAUGGGAAACAGUUUAAACAGUACACAAACUGACCAGUUGGUCAGAGUUUCAUCUCUAGAGAUGAAUAUGUUUGCAAGAUGCUAUUAAUGUUUUUAUGUACUUUGUAGGAGGGACAAAAAAUUAUGUUUCUCUUCCCAUCCCCAUUAUCAUUUUUUUUAUUUAAGCAGCAGCUGCAGUUUUCAAUUUCAGAAACUGUCACAAUAUUCAGUAAAAUGCUUUCCUGGUGCGUUUGAAGCUAAUGAAAGCGAAGGAAGGGCCCUGUCCUGCAGACCGACGGGAUCUGUAGCGUAAAUCACUGCUCGAGCUGCCAGAAUCUCAGACAUUUAAUUAUUUUUUUAUGGUUGAUUUUCUUAUUUAACAAUCAUCCAGACAGUAAAGCAACAUUUAAAACCACAAUGAGAAGGAAGGCAUUUAGAGAACUGUCUCCUACACUUCCUGUUGUCACUGUAGUCGCAGUAAUUACCUUCAAAAGAUGUUAGAAAAUCUAUUUUUGAAUUUAUGUAAAAAACCUGUAUUGGUCAAACUCUUAUAAAAACAGUAAUUUUAUUAACAAAAAAAAAAAAGGAAUGCUAAAAAGCCUGGAGUAAUUUUGUUUUUAAAUUAUUUUCUGUUGGAUCAAACCAACCAGAGUCAGAUAUUUUAAAAGUUUUUUGGAUUAAAACGUUUUAA